GAGAGAGAGAGAGAGAGAGAGAGAGAGAGAGAGAGAGAGAGAGAGAGAGAGAGAGAGAGAGAGAGAGAGAGAGCCCAGCCCACUUGUACAAAACCAUUCAACUCGUGCAUAGUGAGCAGUCCCAGAGCGCUACGCUGCUUCCCCAGGGCUCGUCCACAAGACGCCUGCCUUUGCCAUCCAAACUUCUCAGAGACACAGAACAAGAGAGAGAGAGAGAGAGAGAGAUAGAGAGAAGAGAAAGAAGAACACCUACAAGUGAAGCAACCAGCAGAACUAUUCCUCUUCUUCAGUCAUCACCUCUCGUCACAGAAGCUCUCUUUUCAGCAACGAGGAUUACUCUUUUUUAAUCCUUUGCUUGAUUUCAGUAGGUCAAACUUUUUUUUUUAAAAACCUGUCAGAUCGAACAAAUCACCAUUUACGUUACAAGACAGGUAGUUUUUUGGAGGAACCUUUGAUCAGGAGGAAAAAGUUUUUUUUUUCUUUUUUAUUUCUUUUAGUUAGUUAGACUGCUGUGGUCAGUUUGCAUCAUUUCUACAGCCUCCUGCUCCAAGGAUGACGCUACUGCCUGCCAUGAGUGUAGCACUGCUGCUCCUGGCUCACUGCUAUUCUCUUAAUGCCAUGGCCACCUCGGGCACCUUAGCAUCCUCGACCUCUUCGGCAUCGGACUGUCCCUCUUGUGCCAUGGCGAGGCUGCGGAGGAGUGGCGCGGAGGCACUAUUGAAGGAGGAGGAGGCGCAGCAGGAUGUGGUGGAGGCGGUGAAGAGGCACAUCCUCAGCAUGCUGCACCUGCAGGAUCGGCCCAACAUCACACACCCAGUGCCCCGUGCUGCCCUGCUCAAUGCCAUCCGCAAGGUCCACGUGGGCCGCGUGGCCAAGGACGGCAGCGUGCUGAUCGACGACGAGCCUCACGGACGCCUCGAGGCCGAGAACAGCGAACAAACUGAAAUUAUCACCUUUGCUGAAGCUGGUGAAACCCCGGGUCUGAUAAACUUCCUCAUCUCUAAAGAGGGUUACGAGAUGUCUGUGGUGGAACAGGCGAAUGUCUGGAUUUUUCUGCGGCUUCCAAAGGGCAACCGCACUCGCACAAGCGUCACCAUUCAACUGUACCUGCAGCAGCUGGACUCCGGGGAGAAGCUGGUUGCCGAGAAAGCAGUCGACACUAGACGUAGUGGCUGGCACACUUUCCCCAUGGCAUCUAGUAUGCAGUCUCUGCUGGAACGUGGCAUAAGUGCACUGAACCUACGUGUCUCGUGCCCAUCGUGUGCUGAUGCCCGUGCUACGCCGGUCCUGGUGACUCCUGGAGGAGGAGGAGGAGAGCGAGAACAGUCUCACCGGCCUUUUCUGAUGGCUGUGGUGCGUCAAAUGGAGGAAAAUGGGCAGAGACGGCGCCGCAAGCGUGGCCUGGAAUGCGAUGGCAAGGUACGCGUGUGCUGCAAGCGUCAGUUCUAUGUCAAUUUUAAAGACAUCGGCUGGAACGACUGGAUCAUUGCACCGACUGGCUACCACGCCAACUACUGUGAGGGUGAAUGCCCAAGCCAUGUGGCCAGCAUUACCGGCUCAGCACUUUCCUUCCAUUCCACUGUCAUCAACCACUACCGCAUGCGUGGUUACAGCCCCUUUACUAGCAUCAGGUCUUGCUGUGUCCCCACACGCCUCCGUGCCAUGUCUAUGCUCUACUACAACGAGGAGCAGAAGAUCGUCAAGAAGGACAUCCAACACAUGAUUGUGGAGGAGUGUGGCUGCUCAUAAGACAAAAAAUAAAUAAAUAAAUAAAGACACAAAAACAAGCAAAAGAGCAGGGAAGGACAGAAAAGAGUGCCGAGUUUGGCUUGCAGGCCAGGGUGGGGAGGGAACAGGGACCAGUGCCUGAAUGGUAAGGACUUGGGCAAAAAGAAAAAACAGUGAGGUGAAGGGAUGAGGGAAAGAGCUUGAAAGAGCACUCUUCAUCUCUCUAUCACACUCAGACUCCCAUACAACGACAGGCCUCUCUCUCGACACGGUAGCUGCUUGAACUUGGCUGUCUGAAAAUCCAGGGGGUAUCUAUAGCUUGGAGCAGUUUCUGUGGCACUUUCA